UCCAACUCAGACUCCAGCUGCUGUCUCCGGGCUCGCGGUGCGAUCAAGCUGCCGUGCCAGGAGCCGCGAGUGCAGCAGCUGCCCCGCCGCGCUCCUGAAGUCCGUUCGGGCCUCGGCGGGGAGAUGAACGCCCAGCUGGACGGCCUGUCGGUGAGCUCGUCCUCCACCAGCUCGCUCGGCUUGGCAGCCGGGUCGGGUGGCGGUGGGGGCUCGGGACUUCGGCUACUGUCGACCAACGUGCGCCAGCUGCACCAGGCGCUGACCGCGCUGUUGAGCGAAGCGGAGCGGGAGCAAUUCACCCACUGCCUGAACGCGUACCACGCGCGCCGCAACGUCUUCGACCUGGUGCGCACCCUGCGCGUCCUGCUGGACAGCCCGGUCAAGCGGCGCCUUCUGCCCAUGCUACGCCUGGUCAUCCCGCGCUCCGACCAGCUGCUUUUCGACCAGUACACGGCCGAGGGUCUCUACUUGCCCACCACCUCCUCCUAUAGGCAGCCCACCUGGGGCAACCCCGACGGCGCGGGGCCGGGUGAGGUGCGCCUGGUGAGCCUGCGGCGCGCUAAGGCCCACGAGGGCUUGGGCUUCAGCAUCCGCGGGGGUUCGGAACACGGCGUAGGAAUCUAUGUGUCGCUGGUGGAGCCUGGCUCUCUGGCGGAAAAGGAAGGGCUGAGGGUCGGGGACCAGAUUCUGCGGGUCAACGACAAGUCUCUGGCCCGGGUUACCCACGCUGAGGCCGUUAAGGCUCUGAAGGGCUCCAAGAAGCUGGUGCUGUCUGUGUACUCAGCAGGGCGCAUCCCGGGGGGGUAUGUCACCAACCACAUCUACACCUGGGUGGACCCGCAGGGCCGCAGCACCUCUCCACCCUCAAGCCUGUCCCAGCCUCACGGCAGCUCCCUGAGACAGCACGAGGGUGACCAGAGGAGCACCCUCCACCUCCUGCAAGAUGGGGAUGAGAAAAAGGUGAACCUGGUGCUGGGGAAUGGUCGGUCCCUGGGCCUCACGAUCCGAGGGGGAGCUGAGUAUGGCCUGGGCAUCUACAUUACUGGUGUGGACCCAGGCUCAGAAGCUGAGAACAGUGGGCUCAAGGUUGGGGACCAGAUUCUGGAGGUGAAUGGGCGGAGCUUCCUGAACAUCCUGCAUGAUGAGGCCGUCAAGCUGCUCAAGCUGUCCCAGCACCUCAUCCUGACAGUGAAGGACGUUGGGAGGCUGCCCCAUGCCCGCACCACUGUGGACGAGACCAAAUGGAUUGCCAGUUCCCGAAUUGGGGAGACCACCAUGAACUCCACAGGGUUUCCUGGGGACCUCACACCAGAAAGGACGAACAAGCUGGGGUUCUACAAGGGGCCGGCUGGUUCCCAGGUGACCCUGAGCAGCCUAGGGAAUCAGACACGCGUCCUGCUGGAGGAACAGGCCCGACACCUGCUGACCGAGCAGGAGCGCACCACCAUGGCUUACUACCUGCAUGAGUACCGUGGUGGCAGCGUCUCUGUGGAGGCCCUGGUCAUGGCCCUGUUCGAGCUGCUCAACACCCAUGCCAAGUUCUCUCUCCUUUCCGAGGUGAGAGGCAUCAUCUCCCCUCAAGACCUGGACCGCUUCGACCACCUGGUGCUGAGGCGGGAGAUUGAGUCAAUGAAGGCACGGCAGGCCCCAGGCCCCGUGGCCGGCGACACCUACUCCAUGGUAUCCUAUAGUGACACAGCCUCGUCCACAGGAAGCCAUGGCACCUCCACCACUGUCAGCUCAGCCAGGAAUACUCUGGACCUGGAGGAGACUGGCGAGGCCGUCCAGGACAGUGCCAACACGCUCCAAGACGUCUCCCUGGAUGAUGUCAAACCCAUCUCUAAGGGGCUGCAGAGCGUCAAGCCCCUUCCUAUGUCGCCUCCUCCGGCCCAAAGCCACAACUGCUUGCUCACCCAGCCAAAGAAGCCAGGGAGAGAGGACCUCCAGCCCCCUUCCUCUGAGUCAUCCCACCCGAGGAACCGUAGCCCCCCAGUGGGCACUGCGCCCUCGCCUGGAGCUUCCUCAGCCCAGGACUCACCCUCCUCCCCCAUCUAUGCCUCUGUCUCCCCUGCCAACCCGGGCGCCAAGAGACCACUGGACACCCAUCUGGCCUUGGUCAACCAGCAUCCCAUCGGUCCCUUCCCACGGGUCCAGUCACCUCCGCACCUGAAGAGUCAUCCUGCAGAGACCACGGUGGCUGGGGGCUGCCUUCCUCCACCCUCGCCCUCUGGCCACACAGACCAGACAGGCAUGAACCAGCACUUUGUCAUGGUGGAGGUGCACCGUCCAGACAGUGAGCCGGACGUGAAUGAAGUGAGGGCGCUACCCCAGACACGCGCAGCCUCCACACUUUCUCAGCUGUCUGACAGUGGGCAGACCUUAAGCGAGGACAGUGGUGUGGACGCCGGUGAGGCAGAGGCCAGAGUGCCAGGCCGAGCCAGACAGACCGCAUCCACCAAGAGCAGGAGCAGCAAGGAGCUGCUUCGGAACGAGAGGACCCCAGAGGGGGCUGCCAAGCCGCCCGGGCUCCUGGAGCCUACAUCCACCCUAGUCCGCGUGAAGAAGAGUGCGGCCACCCUGGGCAUCGCAAUCGAAGGUGGUGCCAACACCCGCCAGCCCCUGCCGAGGAUCGUCACGAUUCAGCGAGGUGGCUCAGCCCAUAACUGUGGGCAGCUCAAGGUGGGCCAUGUGAUUCUGGAAGUGAACGGGCUGACACUUCGGGGCAAGGAACAUCGGGAGGCCGCCCGAGUCAUCGCUGAGGCCUUCAAGACCAAGGAGAGUGAUUACGUUGACUUUCUGGUCACCGAGUUCAACGUGAUGCUCUAG